AUGGCCUCCCUCUCUCGGUUCCUUUCAAAGGCAGCCGACAAGUCGUUGCCUUUGUUCCAAUGCUUGAGGAAGAACGAUCGGUUUGCAUGGACAGAUGAAUGCGAAAGAGCAUUUGGCGAACUCAAACAGGCUCUCACCUCACCACCAAUCCUUACCAAGCCACAAACCGAUCUCCCUUUGCUUGUAUAUUUGUCGGCAUCCGAUAGCGCCGUCAGUGCGGUCUUAGUGCAAGAAAGAGGUAACUCCCAACUGCCUAUUUAUUUUGUUAGCAGGGUGUUGCAAGGGGCGGAGGUUUGUUAUCAAAAGAUCGAGAAGUUGGCACUUACCAUAGUCAUAACCGCACGGAAGCUCAGACACUAUUUUCAGAGCUACAAAAUGGUUAUCCGAACAGAUUACCCGAUCAGACAGGUGUUGCAAAAGCCCGACCUUGCUGGCAGAAUGAUGAAGUGGUCGAUCGAGUUGUCUGAGUUUGCAAUCAGGUACGAACCAAGAGGAGCCAUUAAAGCUCAAGUGUUGGUCGAUUUCUUGGUAGAACUGAUCCCACCGGCUGAGGAGGACUCUUCCGGAGAUAGUGAGUGGAUCCUAUCAGUCGACGGGGCUUCGAACCUAGGUGGCAGCAGAGCAGGGAUCGUCCUUGAGGGCCCAGGAGGUAUACUUUUGGAACAGUCGCUACGCUUUGAGUUUCGGGCUAGCAACAAUCAGGCAGAGUACGAAGCGCUAUUGGCAGGGAUAGCUUUGGCAAAAGAAAUGGGUGCAACAAGCCUGUCGGCUAGGAGCGACUCACAACUUGUGACGGGGCAGGUAGCGGGAACUUUCCAGGCGAAGGAUCCCCAACUAGCUUGGUACCUGGAAAAGGUUAAAGUCAUGUCGGCUAGCUUUACCAAGUUUUCGCUGAAUCAUGUCCCUAGGGAGCAAAAUUCACGAGUCGAUCUCUUGUCCAAGCUAGCAAGCACAAAGAAGCCAGGGGCUACUCGGUCGGUCAUCCAGGAGACGUUAACACAGCCGAGUAUAAACGAAGCGCAAGGGAAUGUCCUGUUCAUCCAAGAAGAGCUUAAUUCGUGGAUGGGACCGUACAUCGCAUAUCUGACUCAGGGGGAAUUACCGGAGGACAAAAGGGAGGCAUCGUUGGUGCAAAGGGAGUCGGCCAGGUUCGUAGUCAUCAAUGAAAGGCUGUACCGAAGGGGCUUUAGCUCUCCUCUCUUAAGGUGUUUGACCAUGUCGCAAGCACAGAGAGUAAUGGAUGAAGUACAUAGUGGAAUGUGCGGAAGUCAUAUCAGAGGCCGAGCUCUGGUGUACAAAGUUGCCCGAGCAGGGUACUUUUGGCCAUCCUUGAGGAACGACUGCGUCAAUUGGGUCCAAAAGUGUGAUGGAUGCCAAAGACAUGCAACCUUGCACCAUUCCCCAGCUGAACGACUACAUUCAAUCUUAUCCCCCUGGCCUUUCCACAAGUGGGGUAUUGAUAUUCUCGGUCCAUUUCUGAUAGCGGUAAGGCAAUUGAAAUUCUUGAUAGUAGCUGUAGACUACUUCAGCAAAUGGAUCGAGGCGGAGCCAGUUGCAACCAUCUCAGCAAAGAAGGUUAGGGCGUUCCUUUGGAAGAGUGUGGUGUGCAGGUAUGGAGUCCCUCGAGUGCUCGUUUCUGAUAAUGGGACACAGUUUGCAAGUGCGAGAGUCCGUGAUUUUUGUAAAGGGGUCGGCAUCCGAAUGACAUUCACUUCCGUUGAACACCCACAGUCUAACGGCCAGGCGGAGUCGACCAACAAGGUAAUUCUUUCAGGAUUGAAGAAACGUGUCCAAGACUCAGGCGCUUCAUGGGUGGAGGAGCUUCCCCGAGUGUUAUGGUCGUACCACACAACUGUUCAUUCGUCGACCUAA